AUGGCUCAAACGUCACGGUCGAAAUCACAUGAUGUAUCAAACCCUGAAGAGACGGAUCCAGCUCUUCUCAGGGAUCAUACCCAGUUCAGAAAUUACAAAAUCAAAAACUUUGAUUUCCCAAAAGUCCGCGUAUUUUUCCGGCCGCGGCCCAAGAUUGAUGAAUUCCCCCAGCAUCCUGCUACGUUGCCAUUGCUAGUCUUCAUUCAUGGCCUGGGCGGACAAGCAUCUCAGUUCUCUGGGCUUAUAUCCAGUCUCUGCAACAAUGCUUCCUGCCUGGCAGUUGAUUUGCCAGGAUGUGGACGCUCCGCCUUCAGCCCUCAACACUGGAAAGCAUACGAGCCCACCGUAAUGGUUGCUUUACUCGAGACCAUCAUUCAGGAGUACCGCGACGGGGAACAUAACCAGGGAGUCAUUCUAAUCGGCCAUAGUAUGGGAUCCGUACUCGCAGCCAGACUGGCGAAUCCAGGGGCGUCUCAUGACACCGACCUUACACCCCACAUUUUGGGAGUCAUUGGUAUCUGUCCUCAAUCUGGGCCGCCUUCUGAAAAGGCAAGCUCCAAAUUGCGAAAGCUACUUUGGCUUCCGACAUGGCUAUUCGAUCUCCUCCGCCGAUGGGAUCGAAGAGGCGGAACAAACAGCCCGAGCGUUCUACGGAUAGCCGGCCGAGAAGCGCACCGUGAACUUAGAGAGUUACAAUAUGUUUUCAACAGGCAGAGCUCCAGUCCUGUGUUUCGUAGGUUCGCAUGGGGCUGUCUCUCGUCUUACACUGCCGGCCAACCAGUUGGAGGCCUGUUCGGAGAGCCUACCUGGGCGGGACUGAAUCUCCCAGUCUACCUCAUUGGGGCCAAGAACGAUAACAUCACCCAGCCUGAGGAGGUUGACAAGAUCAAAGCACUGAUCAAUGAUCAAGAAGAGAAUUCCACCGCAAAUAGUGGCGCUAAAGAGUCUCAAAAGGUCCCCCAGCACAUCUCGACCAACGAAGUCCUGACUAAAACGAGCUCAUCCAACUCCAGCGGUGCUUUUGGGGAGGCUACAAUACCUGCUCUUACCAAUACGAAACCCCGCGAGAAGCUUCCUCAGUCAAUCAGCGAUAUCACUGCUGAGAAUUUCCAACCUAAGGGACCCACAGCCAAUUCUGAGGAUAGUUCUGAUGAAGUAAUCACACCACGAGACACCGGGGAGUCGCCCGUGGCUAUCCCUCCCCUCGAACUUCGCCCUACGAAAUUUGUAGCAUCCAGGGUCCUAGCAAAUGCCAAUCAUACCGUCUUGUACGACCCGAAAACAGUUCGCGUUGUAUCUGGCUUGAUCUCUGAUUUCAUUAUACUUCACAUCACGGGCAGGUUUGAUUUGAGCUGGCAGCUGCAGCACCUUAACCGCCUAGGAAAAUGGGAGCUGAAGAAUCUUCAAAAAUGGCAGUCGGUUCAACCUGUUUCGGAUCUGAUUGCCCAUCGUUUCCGUGCGAUGAAAACUCUCCGUGAAGUCGAUGACGAGCAUUCACCUCAAAACUUUGCAAGCAAAUGGGGAGGUGAAGUUAAGGCUAUCAUUGAUAUUAGCAAAGACAACCCGGCUUACGAUCCAAGAGGCUUGGAGCAAGCGGGUAUCCAAUAUCACAAGCUUCCGUCGGUGUCCAAGAUCCCACCAACUGAUCAGGACGUUCAAAACUUUAUCAGUUUGGUCUCGCGAUUGGAAUUAGAGCUAUUGCCUAAUCAUGUCUCGGAAGGACGAGAUGACCCAAAGGUACAUACCAUUGGCGUUCACUGUCACUAUGGCUUCAAUCGGACGGGCUUUCUCAUUGUCUCUUAUUUGGUUGAGGCGAUGGGAAUGCCCGUUCAAACCGCGAUCGCUGAAUUUGCCAAAGCUCGGCCUCCUGGGUAA